GAUGAUUGCUAUGGAAAAUCCUGCAGACUUGAAGAAACAAUUAUAUGUGGAAUUUGAAGGAGAACAAGGAGUUGAUGAGGGAGGUGUUUCCAAAGAAUUCUUUCAGCUGGUCGUGGAGGAAAUCUUCAAUCCAGAUAUUGGUAUGUUCACAUAUGAUGAAUCUACAAAAUUGUUUUGGUUUAAUCCAUCUUCUUUUGAAACUGAGGGUCAGUUUACUCUGAUUGGCAUAGUACUGGGUCUGGCAAUUUACAAUAACUGUAUACUGGAUGUACAUUUUCCCAUGGUUGUCUACAGGAAGCUAAUGGGGAAAAAAGGAACUUUUCGUGACUUGGGAGACUCUCACCCAGUUCUGUAUCAGAGUUUAAAAGAUUUGUUGGAGUAUGAAGGAAAUGUGGAAGAUGACAUGAUGAUCACCUUCCAGAUAUCUCAGACGGAUCUUUUUGGUAAUCCAAUGAUGUAUGAUCUCAAGGAAAAUGGUGAUAAAAUUCCAAUUACUAAUGAAAACAGGAAGGAAUUUGUCAAUCUCUAUUCUGACUACAUUCUCAAUAAAUCAGUAGAAAAACAAUUCAAGGCCUUUCGGAGAGGUUUUCAUAUGGUUACCAAUGAAUCUCCCUUAAAGUACUUAUUCAGACCAGAAGAAAUUGAAUUGCUCAUUUGUGGAAGCCGGAAUCUGGAUUUUCAAGCACUAGAAGAAACUACAGAAUAUGAUGGUGGUUAUGCCAGAGACUCUGUUCUGAUUAGGGAGUUCUGGGAAAUCGUUCAUUCAUUCACAGAUGAACAGAAACGACUCUUCCUACAGUUUACAACUGGCACCGACAGAGCCCCUGUGGGAGGACUAGGAAAAUUAAAGAUGAUCAUAGCCAAAAACGGCCCCGACACAGAAAGGUUGCCCACAUCUCAUACUUGCUUUAAUGUCCUUUUGCUUCCGGAAUAUUCAAGCAAAGAAAAACUUAAAGAAAGAUUGUUGAAGGCUAUCACAUAUGCCAAAGGAUUUGGCAUGCUAUAAAA